AUGCUAUUUGACGUCUAGUGUAUAGCAAAUUCAGAAGUUCAUUUAUUUUUGGUUCUAUAGAUUACGCUCUUAUCUAUUGGUAAUAAAUUAAUCAACAAGAGCAGUAAAAUUCAUAGCCAUUUUAAAAUCAUAUUGAAGGAGUUAUUUUAAUGCUAAAUAAGGAAGAGGAUUAGGUUAUUUCAUGAAUUUUUGAUAUUUACAUAAAUGUUUGGAAAGUAGAUUUUAUGA